AUGAGUGCAUGUCAACCCUACGACGACUAUGCCUGGGCAAUAAGCUCCCAGAUCUGGGAGGACUGGCCCAAACUUCUUCGCACUGACGGGGGCAUUUAUAAUGACAUUGCAGUCAUCCUUUCUGAAAGGUUUAGCCACCUUGAAUUUGCAGAGUUUGAAUACCUUAACACCGGUUUCAACACCUGCUUUAAGAUGACAUUCAGCAACAAUUUGAGCGCUAUUAUACGGUUCCCUAUACCCGGCACUAUCAUGUUUCCCAAAAAGAAAACCCGCCAUGAGGUCUCUGUCAUGCGAUUUCUCUCGGAGACAGUGACAAAAGAGAGCCCCUCGGAACGCGGUCCUUUCAUCAUUAUGAAGUAUAUUCCUCAUGAAGGAAGCAUGGGUAGUCUUCUUCAAACACCAGGGCGCCAAGCAGGGGAACGGCCUAUACUCAAUCCGGAUCUCGAGUCCGUUCGGCUAGAGGCUCUCUAUGGAAACCUCGCCAACAUAGUCCUGUCGCUAUCGACAGUUCAUUUCAAUCGGAUAAGCUCUCCUGACAAGAACGACAAUUCCAUGUGGGAAGUGAUACGUCGCCCUUUGUCUUACUCUAUGAACGAAAUUGUCCAACUAGGGACACUUCCACGAUCAAAACUACCGGCUGGCACAUACGACAAGGCAUCAUCCUACUUCGAGGCCCUGGCGGCACUACACAUCUCACACCUCAGACACCAAAAACACGAGGCGGAUAUCCCGACAGGUAUUUCGGCGGAUACUUUCGCGGAUGACUGCCGACGCAAAUGUGUGGCUAGAUUCCUGUUCCAAAAGAUUGUUAGAAACCAGGAGCAGAGAAAACAAUGGAUAUCGCAUGAGAAAGGCCCAUUUCCAGUUUGGUGUGACGACUUUCGACCAGAAAAUGCUCUAGUUGAUGAAGCCGAAAGCGUCGUCGGAGUGGUGGAUUGGGAGUUUACAUAUACCGCCCCAGUUGAAUUCGCCUAUGCGCCGCCUUGGUGGCUCCUUCUCGUCAAGCCGGAAGAUUGGCCCAAUGGCCUUGAUGACUGGUGUACAGAGUAUGAAAAAGCGCUUCGGGUCCUUCUUGUCGCAAUGCGGAAAGUCGAAGACGAUGCGAUCCAGAACAAACGGCUACUAGAAAGCCAACGGCUAUCUAGUCGGAUGCGAGAUAGUUGGCAGAGCGGAGACUUUUGGAUUAUGUAUGCCGCAAGGAACAACUUUGCCUUUGAUGCGAUAUACUGGAAAAAGAUCGAUCGGCGAUUUUUUGGAAGCACCUUAGAUGAAGAGGACAACGUCCGCGAUGUAUGGCGCGAGAGAUUAGAUCUCUUAGAACCAGAAGAGACAAAGCUCAUGGAGGAAUAUGUGGAUCUGAAACUCAAAGAGCUGGACACACCCAUUCUCGCCUGGGACAAGGACGAGUACACUUUGGAAUGGAUUCAGAAGAUGGGGGCGAUGAUGGAGAUGGAAAGGAAAGGGGAAAUCGAGAAGUCGAAGGUGGUUAACAUGAUAAACGAGAUGAGGGAGGAGAUGGAGAGAAUGGAGAUACAAUGUAAGGCCGACAUAAAGGAUAUCAAGGGAAUGGAAAUGAAGGAGAUACUGGACAUGAAGAAGAUGAAGACAAGGAAGGAGACGGAGUGGGACAAGGAGAUGAAGAGGAUGGAAAUGGAGAGCAAGGCUGAAAGCGAUUUUCUCUAA